UUCGUGUGAUAAAGAGUGUGAGUGUAAAAAUAGCAGAGGGAUCGAUUUUGUGAAAAUUUUAAGAAAAUUCGAUCAUGAGGGGGAAUGAUCGAUUUUCCUUCCAAAAUACGGUGCACUGCUUGGCCCGGGUGCUUGCCCGCAUCAAACCAACACCCUGGGAAAAGGUUCAAACCCUGUUCCGCUACUGUCCGCAAGAAAGCGCAUCCGGAGUGUUUCGGUUGGACUCGAGGGCCCAAGAUGCAGUCAUUGCGUUGGGUUUGUACUUCCUCGAAAGCGAUUACCAGUACGAGAAGGAAAUCAUCCCGUACCUGCUGAAACUUUCCAAGGCCUUGCCCAAAGCUGUUUGGAUCGAUGACGUCAAACCAAACAAAAUCGAUAAAAUACCUACUGCUGAAAAAUUCAGCUUCUGUUUGAACAGUUUGCUCUCAGAUAUCGCAGUCGGAUGUCCGGAAAGUCGCGAUGAAAUCAUCCAUACCCAAGUCGAGGUUCUUACCUCGCUCACUAACAUGAUAAAAGGAAGUCGCGAGAAUCAAAAUCUUCAGCCGAUAAUACUUUGCAAAGCCACGGUUCCGCUCCUGUUGGGUAUAGGAAGAUCCAUGGGUCGAUAUGCGCUGAACGAUCAACCUUUGUUGUGCAGAUUGUUCCCUCGGGAAGAGUUGCCCGUUCCUAAAAACCAGGAACCAUCGCUUGGAAUUGAGUCCAAAUCCCAAGCCGCCAUCAGUCAGUUUCGUUCCAUCAUUCCGCGUUCCAUGUCCGGAAGUCUGACAGCUGAAGCUACCGAAGAAAAAUCACCCAAGACGCAAACUAAAAAGUUAAACUCGUUCUAUUCCAUCCCUUACGAUCCGACCACAUAUUUUUUCGCAAAAUAUGGUUCAAGUUUCAACCAAUUUCCGAAUAUGCGUUUCUGUGAGUCGCCGGAGAAGAAAAAUCGCUUACAGUUUCCCAUCAACCAUCUGCAAACGAUAUUUGCCUUGGCUAAAAAAUUACUCACCAAAGAAACGCUGGAACAUUUAGACGAACAGGCAGGAGAUAUCUACUCGUUGCAUCAGAUUAAACCCUACGGUUACAAGAGCUUUUCCGAAACCAUUAAUCUGGUGAUGGUAACCCUGCUCAGAGAAAUUCUCCAGAAUCAAACAGAUUUGCCGACACCAUUCACCAAGGAUGUUCAGGAAUUCGUCAAGCGAUUAUUCUUGAUUGGACAGACUGAGCUUCAAAACAAGCAACAUGAUAGUAAUGUGGAUCGUGUGAGUGAUCCGAGCAACGUUGUGGUCAACAAGUAUAAGAUCAACGUGAUGGCAAAUGCGGCUUGUGUGGAUCUUUUGGUGUGGGCUAUCGGCGACGAAACCGUGGACGACGACUACACGUUGGCUGCUCUCCAACAGAGCUUGCGGUUUCUGUUACUUUCAGAGGCCGACAAACUGUGCAGCCGUUUGUAUCAAAAACUAAACUCAGUGCUAGGACACAAGAUUGUCAUGGAUCACAUGCCGCUACUGAUGGUCUGCUUGGAGGGCUUAGGAAAGUUGGCGCAAAAGUUCCCAAAUAUUGCCGGUACAUCCAUCUCGUAUCUGCGUGAUUUCCUGGUCGAUCCAAGUCCAAUAUUGACCAAACUCCACGCUCAAUCACAGGCGCAGAGCAAGAAGGACAAAGAGAAUGCUCCAUUCAGGAUUGUCGUUCAAGGAUCGGAUUUCAAAGCACUCGAUCAGCAACCAAAUAUGCGCAAGGGUCUUACCAAAUCAGCCCAUGAAGCUUUCGAAGCUCUGCGAGAUGCAGCUAUUGAGAACCUAGCAAUCGCCUUGAAAGCCGCACAUGCGCUUGAUCCCUACUGCGUUCCAGCUUUAGUUGCAAACGUAUCGAAUCGCUUGUUCACGGCAGAAAAACAAGAAAGUGAAUCCAGCUUGGUUUCGCUGAACAUCAUCGUCAUGCUUGGUCACGUGGCUGUGGCUCUAAAGGAUACGCCGAAAACUACCAACAACAUUCUGCAGUUCUUCAUUCAACGUUUUUGUAAGGUUCCUUCGGAGCAGAACGUUCUUAUCGUGGAUCAGCUGGGCUGUAUGAUCAUUUCCAAAUGCGAAGCGCAAGUGUUUGAGGAAAUUAUGAAAAUGUUUUCUCGUGUUACCGUCCAAGCCGCCUCGCUGGCGUAUUCUACCAAUCCAGAGCAAAGAAAAUCCUACCACCACGUGUCGGAUGCGGUUGUCAAUGCGCUGGCCAACAUUGCUGCCAACAUCCAGGGGGAGCUGGAAAUGCUGGACCUGCUCGGCAAACUGCUGGAGCUGUUUGUGCAAAUCGGUCUGGAGGGAGAACGAUCCUACGACAGCACUUCGGGAGCUCAGAAGGCCAGCUCCAGUGCCGGCAAUCUGGGCAUGUUAAUUCCGGUUAUUGCGGUAUUAGUUCGGCGUUUGCCACCUAUCAAAAACCCGAAGCAACGACUUCACAAACUGUUCAAAGACUUCUGGCUGUACUGUGUGGUGAUGGGAUUCACAAAUUCACGCCUUUGGCCGUCUGAUUGGUACCAAGGUGUGCAGCAGAUCGCCGCCAAGUCUCCGCUGUUGAUUACACAAACAGCGCAUCGUUCUGAGAUACGGGAGUUAAACUAUUCGUCGGCUAUCCGAUCGGAUAGUGUAAGUUUAAACGAACUGAGAAGCCAAAUUUUGGUUUUGCUAGAUCAUCCUCCAGCAGAUAUAACGGCUUGCAUCAAUAAGCUGUCGUUCGCUCAAUGUACGUACUUGUUGAGCGUUUAUUGGUUGGAAAUUUUACGAGUAGAGAAUGCAUCGGAACCGAGCUUGGAACCAAUUUUGAGCUAUCUAUGCGACAAUGCGCUGUUGAAGGACAAAUAUGGCAUGUGGCAAUGUGUUCGAUGUAUCGGAGAUCAGGUGUUUGAAAAGUUUCGCUGUGUGUUAUUGGCUCAAGAUUUGGUUCGAGAAAAGGUUUUGGAAUCCCAGGCAAUGUUACUUUUGGUUUACUUCAACCAUAUCCAUAAGCAAAUUCAGAUGGUUGCGGAUCAAUUUUUAUCCCAGUUGGUAGACAAAUUUCCACAUUUGCUCUGGAAUAGAAAGGUAUUGUGGUGCAUGCUGGAUGUUUUGCAGUUACUGGCCUUUUCAUUGACAUUGGAUCCUAAUGAAGAAACCCCAACCCUAAGAGUGGCUUCCACACCUUAUAAUCUCCAACUGAUGGAUAGUCUGCCAGCCCGUGAAAGUCGGGUAAAAGAUUUUGCUGAUCGAUGUCAAGGAAUCGUAAAUGAAGCUAUGAAGUGGGCUCCAAAGUUUACGCGGAGCCAUCUGCAAGAGUACCCAAAUCAGGUACCAACCACAACGCUGUCUAAUCAUAGCGGUUUAGCGCUGGCUGUUGAUUCUAUUUUGCAUACAUGGGUGACGAAUGCCAGUCUUCAAUCGACUUCGAAACGACCCCACUGUGUCAACAGUGAUACAUCAAAGUUCGUUUCAGUUCUUUGUCUGCGUAGCAAAUACGCAGGAGAAAUUUCAGGAUUAUUGUCGGUGUUGGAAGACGAAGAAAAACAGGGUCUUGCAGAUCGUUUGGUUAAAGAUAUAUGGGAUGCUUGCUCUGAAAAGAGUGAUGCCAAACAUAGAGGGGCACUUUGGAGAGCUACUGCUUAUUUGAUUCUCUGUUCUAGCGCCGAUAGAAAGCUUCUGCAUGCAAUAUCUUCUUCUCAAGUACAGUUGUUUACGGAAUCUGUAAUGGAAACGGCUGUUGAAUGUUGGCUUUGGAUUCUAACCGCACGACAAGAUUUAGAGCUGUGUUUUAUUCAAGAGAUGGUAACCGCUUGGCAGACAACAUUUGACAAGCGUAUUGGUCUUUUCACGGAGGAAUCUGAUAUUUGCAGUCCAUUAGCUGCUUACGAAGGAUGUAAACUUGUCCCAAAGCCAGUUGUUGUUGCACCUCAUUUAAUUUGGCUUCAACUGCUUUCGGAGAUGGUGGACACAGCCAAAUACUGUAACAGGGAUAAAGUUGAAAUGUUCUGCAUGUUGCUGCACCGUUGUUUACCAUUUAGUCGGGAUUUCAAGCAAACCAGACACAUAUCCACUGUAGGUUGCCGAUUCAAACUUUUACAAUGCGGGCUCUCACUGUUGCAAGGAAACACUGUUCCAAAAUCUUUGGCAAGGAACAUCCUCAGAGAGCGGAUAUACGCAAACGCACUGGAUUAUUUCUGCGGACCUCAACUUUGUCCCAGUCAAUCCAGGGAGGCAUUAUUGGAAGAUAUUAACAUUUUACUAAAGUUUUGGCAAACGAUGAGAAGUGAGAAAAAACACUUGGUUGCUUCUGAGGUCAGCGAUUAUGAUUUGAAUCCAGCAUCCCAAAAUCUAUCAGUGAAUAAAACUUCUCUAGACACAGCAUCUCUAGCAGGAAGCGAAGUGGCGCGAUCGACUAGCAGCGGAAAUGCCGGAUGGUAUAACACCAUUCCACACUCCACGUCAACCCUAUCGAAACGAUCUAAUCGUAUCAAACGUCCACCAUAUCAAAAAGAUGCCUAUGACAAAGACUACAUGAAGAAGCGAAAUCUUAUCCUUGAACUGUUGGCCGUCGAAAUAGAAUUCAUGCUUAUCUGGGCGAAUCCCUUGGCAUCUCCAGAAUUACAAAUAGUUGGGGAAGAAUCCGUUACGGAGUGGCGUGCUCGACCAGUUAAGCUCAAUGUUUGGCGAGACUACACUCGUCUGGCUUGGUCCUACAAUCCGGCUUUGGCAAUUUAUUUACCACAACGAAUUCGUAACGCUGAAACCAUCGAGGAUGAGGUGACUCGCCUUGUCUGUUCUGACCCUCUCGCUGCUAUUCACAUUCCUGAAGCUCUGAAAUAUCUUGUUACCACCAAAACACUUCUUCAUGAAGCUCCAGAAUUGGUCUACAUGCUCACGUGGGCUAGAGUUAAUCCCAUUCAAGCACUGUCAUACUUCUCUCGUCAAUAUCCCACGCAUCCUUUGAGUGCCCAGUAUGCCGUUAAAACCCUAAAUUCUUAUCCGGCCGAAGCCGUCCUUCCGUACAUUCCACAACUGGUUCAGGCCCUUCGACAUGAUACGAUGGGAUACGUGGUAGAGUUUAUCAAACACAUUUCCAAGCGAUCGCAAAUUGUGGCACAUCAGUUGAUCUGGAACAUGCAAACUAAUAUGUACAUUGACGAAGAAAUGCAUCAUAGAGAUCCGGUACUUUAUGAAGGUUUGGAAGGUCUUUCGAACAAUAUAAUUUCAUCUUUGUCUGGUCCGGCAAAACGGUUCUACGAGCGAGAGUUUGACUUUUUCGGCAAAAUUACUGCUGUUAGUGGGGAGAUUCGAUCAUUCCCGAAAGGACAGGCUCGUAAGAAGGCGUGCCUGGAUGCGCUCAGCCGGAUCAAAGUCCAAGCAGGAUGUUAUCUGCCAUCGAACCCGGAGGCGAUGGUUCUGGACAUUGACUAUAACAGUGGCACGCCCAUGCAAAGCGCUGCAAAGGCUCCCUAUUUGGCGAGGUUCCGAGUGCAUCGUUGCGGUAUCAAUGAGCUGGAAACAAUGGCGAUGGAAGUUUCAAACAACCCCAAUAAUCAGUUAGAUGGACAGAACAAAGCGACCAGCUCGAUGGGACCGGAAACGUGGCAGGCCGCUAUCUUUAAAGUUGGUGAUGAUGUGCGUCAAGAUAUGUUGGCUUUGCAAGUUAUUUCCAUAUUUAAGAACAUUUUCGCUCAAGUUGGACUUGAGCUGUUCCUAUUCCCGUAUCGAGUCGUUGCAACUGCUCCAGGGUGUGGUGUUAUUGAAUGCGUUCCGAAUGCGAAAUCACGCGAUCAAUUAGGUCGUCAAACAGAUUCGGGAUUGUAUGAGUAUUUUUUGCACCAGUAUGGUGAUGAAACCUCCAAGGAAUUCCAGGCAGCCAGAAGCAACUUUGUCAAAUCUAUGGCCGCUUAUUCCGUAAUUGGCUAUCUUUUACAAAUCAAAGAUCGUCAUAAUGGUAACAUAAUGAUCGACAAGGAUGGACACAUCAUUCAUAUCGAUUUCGGAUUCAUGUUCGAAUCAUCUCCCGGAGGAAACAUUGGCUUUGAACCAGAUUUGAAGUUGACGGACGAAAUGGUUAUGGUUAUGGGUGGCAAAAUGGAGGCGGCACCUUUCAAGUGGUUUUGCGAUCUGUGUGUCCAAUCGUUCUUGGCAAUCCGUCCUUAUCAGGAUGCUAUUGUGACGCUGGUUUCGCUCAUGUUAGACACGGGAUUGCCGUGUUUCCGCGGACAAACAAUAACGCUGCUAAAACAGCGUUUUGUGCCAAACAAAAACAGCAAGGAAGCUGCAGCUCACAUGCUUGGUGUUAUAAGGAACUCCUAUCAGAAUUUCCGUACCAGGACAUACGAUAUGAUUCAGUACUACCAGAAUCAAAUUCCGUAUUGAGCUGCUGGAUAAUUAAGGUGUGGAGAACUAUUGGGAUUUUUUGGGAAAAGCAUCGUGGGGGUCAAAGGUAUGUGUAUUUAGCUCUAAGCUAUGUGAAAUAUUUGGGGACUUCCUAAAGGAUAUUUCCUUCUGUUGGUAUUGUUGAAUAUUCUGUAGUAGGUUCGGACAAAGUCAUGAUUAUAUUAUAACAUGUUCUAUGUGAUGUUAAAAUUAGUCACAAUAUUAUGGCAUGGUGUGUUAUAGGAUAUUAAACAUAAAACUCAACUUGUUUCGAAAUCA